AUGGCCGAACCCGUAGGCACCACGUUGGGCGCCCUUGGCAUCCUCGGGCUACUGAGCGUCUCGCUGGAUUGCUUCAAUUUCAUUCAGGAUGGCAUGUCCCUCGGCAAGGACUUUGCGCAUAUUGAUGGUCAGCUGAGCACCCUGCGGAUCCGCCUGUAUGCCUGGGCCAAGGCCUGUGGCUUCCUGCGUGGCCAAGGGUACGACAAACGACUGGAUAGUCCGGAAUGGCAGGCACACAUCCGGACACAGCUGAGCAGCAUCUCCUUGCUGUUUCUGGACGCGGGCAAGAUAGUGAACAAGUAUCAUGUCGGGCAGACGUACGAGUGGCGGACAACCAACCAGCACUUUGUCGACCAGGGCCUGCGAGACUACCUGGCCCGCGUGGCCAUGACCAAGACGAAGGCGGGUUUGGCGGGCCAAUUUCAGUGGGCUUUGGUCUACAGAAGGCGCAUGACGGAGCUGGUCCAGCGGCUGCGGGAAUGUAUCGAGGCUCUGGAGCUCGUCUCCCGGUAUCCGGAUCUCUUUGAGACACGAGACUUGAUGGUCCGGCAGGAGGUAGGGAUGUUGGACGACGUGCGAAGCCUCCGAAACAUGAUUACGGCGGAAUCAGGCGCGGGCGUUGUGUCGGACGCUGCGAGUGAACGACUCUCUCAGCUUGAGCGCAGUAUACCUUCAACCAACCGUGCCUCGUCGUCAAACUGCGCCUCACCACCAGACUCCGAGUCGUCAUCGGAUGGCGAAUCAUCAAGCAAUGGAUUUCCGGCCACACGCGAAGAUGUAAACGUUGUCGGAGUGACUUUAGCGCCGUUCUCUGAGACCGUCAACGAGGUCACAAGGGCCAGAACACGCUCAGGGGCGACCAGGAAGGUGGUGACUGUACCCACACUCCCUGAAGCUGUGAGAAAGGCGCACGUGAAAUUGGCGAAGAAGCGUCGCUCUCCUCGUCAGACAUGGAACCAGCUGGACCCGGUGUCCAAGCAAGUGCUGCAGCAGACUGUCGCGGAUACAGUCCUCGGGAAUUGGGACUGGCCUGCCAAGGACAACUGGCCUGCCGAGAACAUGCCGCAAGGUCCGUUUAGCUCGUUGAAAUACCUGUUGUCCUCAAGGAGUGGGACGUUUGACCGUCACGGUAUUAUGAGCCGAUUUGAACAGGAUCUGCCGGGUGAAGAUCCAGAUGUGCUCUUCCAAGGGACACUAGCCGAGAUGGACAUACCCACUGAGGAUGAGCUGUGGGCGUCGAUGCAGCCGCUAUUUCACACUCUCGUUCAAGCGCAGCAGUGGCCUCAGGACGGUGUAGACAUGUUGAGAUGUCAGGUGGCGGAGCUCCAGGCCCCGUUCAAGAUUCGGCAGCACUGUUGCUUGUUGCUGCAAGAACUAGCAAAGGGGGAUCUUCGUCAAAGUCCUUGGGGCCAGUUUGUACAGCACGACGAGUACGUAUCAUUCCGACCAAGAGACAAGGAGACUGGCCAUGUCUUGGCCAUGGGCUGGCUGCAGGCGUUCGCGACGUCCACCAUGCAGCUGGAGCUCAUGAGCCCGACGCAGCCUAGUGAUGGCUCGUCGGCGCUGUCGGACGCACAACGGCUGUACUUGAAGGACUUGGAUACGGCCGAGGUGGAAAGGCUGGUCACCUGCUUCGUGGACGUAUACGCAAGCGUGAUGAUGACGGUGAAGCUGAAAACCUGGGCCACCGACUUAAAGAAGCUGCUGCUCCCAGAAUGGGCAUGUGAAGAGAAACGCGCCCCAGAGCAGCAAGUGAGGGUCAUGGCGGAGCUGAGCCUGGGUCGAUCCCCAGAUGCUUUCGUGCCCCGGCUCGACGGGAGCGACUGGGGCACGAGGCUGGCGCCGAUGCUGCGGUCGGAUCUAACCUGGCUUUCCGAGAACCCGCAGUGGCUCACUAGCUUCCGGGGCCACUUUGGAAAGCAAAUGUGUCUGGUGCGUCUCGCGGGGGAGCUCCGACGCUGGCGGGACGGACGGCCCGCCUUUGUGUCGUUGAGGCCGUUGCGACUCGCGGUCAAGGGCUCCUGCAGCUUCCGGAUCUCGUUCGAGGGGCCUCCCCAAAGCCCUUACCAGUCAGGUAUAUUUCACCUCCUUUGCGACUACCCCCUGGACUAUCCAGCGGCGCCACCGAAAAUCCGCUUCCUCACACGGGUCUAUCACCCCAACAUCAGUCCGGACGGACAAGUAUGCAUCGACAUUCUGAGCGGCAAUUGGUCACCAGCGUUGAUUAGCGAGGCUGUCGUCAUUUCCAUCUUGUCCUUGCUCUCCGACCCCGAAACCGUCGAUCCACUCGUCCCCGAGAUUGCGGCCACGUUCCUCCAGGAUCGACCGUUGUAUGAGCGCAACGCGAGGCUAUACACGAUGAAACAUGCUGGCGUGGACCAGGAGUAUGCAGAUUACCAAGUUGUGCCCUUCCAUAUGCUGCACGAGAAUGCCAAUGCAGCAGAGUCAAUGGCAUGA